UUGUUUUAUGUUGCAAUUCUUCUUUAUUUUGAUAUAAUAACCUUUAGUCAUUGUUUGAUACAUUGAUGGGCCUUUGGAUCUAUUCAUGCUACUCUGCACAAGUUAGGAUAUAACUGCAUCAGCAUCUCCCACAGUGGACAAGAAACAAGAGACAAAACUGGAAACAAUGAACCUUUAUUUUACCUCUACAAAAAGUCAAAAGGCUGACACAGACGUCAAUAUGCAAAUAAAAAGAGAGGUGGAAAAAUAUACAAAUAAGGAGGAAGAUAAAUAUGAAAAUUAGUUUAGAAGAGUACACAAAUGAUGUGAUGAUGAAUGAGGGAUGAGAGCAGAUAUAAUAAUCUCAUUGUUUGAAGCUGCAGACAGAAACAUCAGACUCAGGACAGAAACACACGACCUCUAAAAAAUGGAGCAAACUCUAUAUUUCAUUCUUCUUCUCAUUACUCUCUGCUCCGUAUCUGAAUGUGUUCAGCGUCAGUAUCACUUUAUAAACAUGAACAAGACCUGGACUGAAGCUCAGAGAUACUGCAGAGAGAAAUACACAGAUCUGGCCACCGUUGACAACAUGAACGACAUGAACGAGCUGAAGAAGAGUGUGACUGAUGGACGUGUCUGGAUUGGGCUGCAGAGGAAAUGGCAGUGGUCUUCAGGUGAUCCUGCGCUCUAUCUGAACUGGGGACCUGGACAACCUGAUGGCAGAGAUGAGUGCGGUUUUAUGAGAGAUGGACAAUGGCAUGAUUGGCCAUGUAGUAACAGCCUGACUUUCAUCUGCAGUUCAUCUAACAACAUGAACACAGGACUCGUCUUUGUCAAUCAGGGGAAGAAUUGGAGAGACGCUCAGAGUUACUGCAGACAGAAUCACAUUGAUCUGGUCAGUGUGAGGAACCAGAAUGAGAGUCAACAGCUUCAGCAGUUCAUCAAUGAUAGUCACAUAUCUGGAUCAAAGGUCUGGAUCGGUCUGUUCAGAGUCAGAGACUCAUGGCAGUGGUCAGAUCAGAGUAACUCCUCAUUCAGAUACUGGAAGACUGGUGAACCUAAUAAUGUUGGAGGAAAUGAAAACUGUACAGCGAUUGAACAGAACGCUCAGGGACAAUGGAUAGACAUCUCUUGCAACAACAACAACCAGUUUCCUUAUGUGUGUCAUGAAGAUAAACUGAUUCUGAUCAAAGAGAAUCUGACGUGGUCUGAAGCUCUGAGAUACUGCAGACAGAAUCAUACGGAUCUGGUCUCGGUUCAUUCAGAAGAGAUUCAGAGUGACAUGAUGAAUGUGGUUACACAGGCGUCUACUGAGGCGGUGUGGUUGGGUUUACGUUACUCCCACGUUUUGGGCAUCUGGUACUGGGUGAGCGGAGACACCGUGUGCUAUCAGAACUGGGCUCCAGAGAACGGCACAGCAGUGGAGAACUGUGAUUCUGCAGUGAGAUCUGGAGCAGUUCAGUCUGGAGGAGAUCAGCGCUGGAUCAGCCAUCCUGAGACUGACAGACUCAACUUCAUCUGCAGCAGAAAUGAAGAGUGAAGGAUUCGUUUGUGCAGUUCUCUCUUUUUUCUUUUAAAGACCGGUGAAAUCAAAAUGAGUUUUAAUCUUUAAGCUACAUUUACUGUGCAUUUCAUAUUUACAGUUGUUCUUUUCUGGACAAACGACUCAAAAAUAUCUUUAAUGCAGACUAUUCAAUCAAACAUAAUUGCAAUUAAAUAUAAAUUAGAAAAUCAUGGUUCAAUGAUGUGGCAUAAACCAUAUUGACUAUUUAAAAGGGGAAAAAAGUAAAGCACAAGUCACAUCAGUUGAUUUCAUGGGAUCUUGGGAUUCUGGUGGUGUGGAUACUUUCUUCUGCUCACUCUUGUUUUACACUAGUCAUAUCUUUAAAAAUUGUUUAAAAAGUGAUUGUGAGCAUCUAUAUGUGUAUCAAUGAAAUUAAAAUAUGGUUUAUUCUUAAAGAGAAACUGGAAUAAAUGGAGAGGGACAAAACGUG